AUGGUGACUGUUAUGCAAUUUAUAGGUCCACUACCCAUUUUCUGCGUCUCAGUACUCUUGUUUAUCUUCAUACCAGCCAUUCAUGCGGUUUUGGCAAAGAAGAAAAUUGAGGUACCUAUAGACCUCUCUGGAGGACGAUCUGCGAGAAUUGAAGCUACUCCAUCAAAAAUCUAUCCAGGUGGUGUAAUUUAUGCUGUUCAAAUGAGCUCCAAACAUACUCACGUUAUUGGCGAUGUAUUUAAUAAAAGGGAACUUAUUCUCCCUGCAUAUCCGACCGCUCUGAGCAGAUCAAUUCUGAUUAUUCCCAGAGAUCGUGAGAGCUAUAUCAGGAUUAUUACGAGAAGGAUGGGUCGUGGUAAUUUGUUCAGCAGAAUUGAUGAAUUCUCAAGGCUUCCGAACGGGUCAUACGGAAAAAUCUAUAGGAGACCUAUAGAAAUUAACCUGCAAUAUCAGGAACCUGACGAUAAUAUCAAUGUUGAUAUGAAGAUAGAUCCAAAGUACAAAAUAGGAGGUAUUCCAGAAGAUUUAGAAACUCUGCCCAUUAGAUAUUCUGUCAAACCUGAAGUUGACCUAAAGGUAACCAUUGGUGUGAUCCGUUUUGGUGACCAUAUUGUUGAUGAUAAAGUUGGGUGGUUACUAAACAGGGAAGUCAUAUGGGAGGGUGGAGUAAUAAAUCCUGAAAUAACUGUUACAUCGAUAUAUUCAAAUGAACGUCAAGUCAGGAUAAAGUAUGGCCUAAAAUCUGAAUUGGAAGGGUUUCAUAUUAUCCAUGAGGAGAAUGUUUUUCUUAAUCUGUCCAACUAG